AUGUUGAAUCUCUCUUUUUUGUCCGGCUUGGCUUUGGCCUCCCUGGCCUCUGCAAACAUGAGAGCGUACCCUCAAGUUGGCGAGAAACAUUUCUCGCAGACUUUCCAUGAUGGAUACAACAUUCUAAAAUAUAUGAGCUCUCUCGCCCCUUACUCUGACCGUAAAGCAUAUGGUGUGGGUAGAAACACUCCCGAUGGGUGCGAGGUCGACCAAGCCUUUAUGAUUAUGCGCCACGGUGAACGUUACCCGGACUACUCAGGCUUUGGUGAUUUAUAUGUGGAGACCUUGAAUCAAAUGAGAGCCAAUGUUACUACCUUUAACGGAGAUCUCGCGUUCAUGAAUGAGUGGACAUACUAUGUCCCAGAUUCGAAUCUAUACUCCCAGGAGUCAACCACUGGACCGUACGCAGGUUUGCUUGAUGCCUCCAGUCGGGGUAGUGAGUACCGUGCCCGAUAUGGUCACCUUUGGGACGGCCAGUCUGUCGUGCCUAUUUUCACCUCUGGCUACGAGCGCGUGAUCGAGACUGCGCGGUACUUCGGCCAAGGCUUCUUUGGUUACAACUACUCUACCAGUGCUGCUAUCAACAUCAUUCCAGAGGCCGCUACCCAAGGAGCUAAUUCCCUGACGCCGACGUGUGCUGCGGGAGUACUUGAGGAGUACUCCUGUUAUGAAGAUCGCUUCUACUCAACAUUUCCACCCCUCGAAGUUGCCGCUGCACGCCUCAACAAGCAGAAUCCCGGACUUGAGCUCACUGCUAAGGAUGUCAACUACUUGAUGCAAAUGGCUGGCUUUGAGCUUAACGUCCGUGCCUAUACACCAUGGGCGAAUGCUUUCACUCUAGAUGAAUGGGUCGCUUUUAGCUAUAUCUUUGAUUUGUCUUACUACUAUUGUUUUGGACCCGGCAGCAACUACCAAAUGGCUAAUGGACAGGUGUACGCCAACGCCACUCGUGUCCUAAUGGAAGAGGGUCCUGAGAAGUCUGGAUCGAUGUUCUGGAGCUUUGCCCACGACGCCAACAUCACCCCCGUUAUCGCUGCUCUGGGACUGGACACUCCCGCGCAGCAUCUCCCUAAUGACACAGUUCAGUUCCCCAGUACCUAUCAGGUCUCUGACAUUGUUCCUAUGGGCGGUCACCUUACCCUGGAGCGCAUGACUUGCAACGCCACUGUUGCCAGCAAGGCCGGUGUCUAUGUCCGUGCUGUUAUCAAUGAGGCGGUCGUGCCAUGGACCUCCUGCCAGAGCGGACCGGGCUAUUCAUGCCCGCUUGCCAAGUUCUCGGCUAUCGUCGACAAGGCCCCCAAGUUCGAUGAGACCUGCGAGACCAACUCCUCGUAUCCUCAAUACCUGGACUUCUUCUGGAACUACAACACCACCACCAACCUCAACUACCAGACUGGUGAUAUUAGCUCCCAGCUUACCGAUACCGAUGUCUGA